AUGCCCAAAGCUAUUGAUAUAUCUCCUGGGGGCCGCACGAUGGAGAUGCACGCGUACCCACCGAGCCUCGCAAGCACCAGCAGCACCACGGAGUCGUCUUUACGUUCGCCACCCUCCUUACGUGCAAAGAGCCUAUCUCCUGCACCGAAGCGUUCACUGGGAUCACCCCCACCUAUUCUUGCCGCGCGACCACUAUUUCCUACAAAGAGUACCUCCCCGCCAUCGUCGGGGCUCAAGUCCAGCAGCGUGUCACGACCAUUGGUAGCCCCUGUGUUAGAAGAGAAGGAUUGGGCAGCAUGGGACGAUGAGAGCGUGGAUGAGUGGGAGGAGGCUGGGGCCAUUAAUGGGGAAGUCGUGAGCAAAAUCGAUGCGCGAACAGAAGACGGCAUUUGGACUGGUCAUGCACAGCCGAUUGAUUCCGUCUCAUGA